CUUGCGCCGGGAAAAAUGGCCGCGGACCGACAGCCGGGAGCCGGGAUGGAAGAGAAUAAAGAGAACGAGAAGCCGGGCGCCGGGGGAAAGCAGGGAGCAUUGGGAGACAGUCUUGGGCUGGAGAUCUUGCAGAUCAUCAAGGAAUCUCAGCAGCAGCAUGGAAUGCGCCAUGGAGACUUCCAGAGAUAUCGAGGAUACUGCUCACGCCGGCUCAGGCGCCUUCGGAAAACCCUUAGCUUUAAAAUGGGUAACAGGCAUAAAUUUACAGGCAAGAAAGUGACUGUGGAGAUGUUAACAGAUAAUCGUUACCUGCUGAUCAUUUUAAUGGAUGCUGAAAGAGCCUGGAGUUACGCUAUGCAGCUUAAGAAUGAGGCUAACACCGAACCUCGCAAACGCUUCCACUUGUUUUCCCGUCUGCGCAAAGCUGUCAAACAUGGAGAAGAGCUGGAACGCCUUUGUGAAAGUGACCGCGUGGAUGCAAAGACCAAGUUAGAAGCUCAGGCUUACACCGCUUAUCUAAGUGGAAUGCUGUAUUUUGAGCAGCAGCACUGGGAAGAUGCUAUGAAAGCUUUCAAUAAGUGCAAGACCAUUUAUGAGAAGCUUGCAAGUGCUUUCACUGAGGAACAGGCUGUGUUGUACAACCAGAGAGUGGAUGAAAUCUCUCCAAAUAUUCGAUACUGCGCUUAUAACAUUGGUGAUAAAACUGCUAUGGAUGAGUUGAUGCAAAUGAGACUUCGCACUGGUGGAACAGAAGGGCUGUUGGCCGAGAAGUUAGAGGCUCUAAUAACCCAGACAAGAGCAAAACAAGCUGCUACAAUGAGCGAAGUGGAGUGGCGAGGACGCACAGUACCUGUUAAAAUUGAUAAAGUGCGAAUCUUCCUACUGGGGCUGGCAGAUAAUGAAGCUGCUAUUGCACAGGCUGAAGAUGAGGAGACUAAGGAGCGUCUGUUUGAGAAUGUGCUGAUUGAGUGCAGGGACGCGAUACAGUCUGUGCGGGAAGAGCUCAAAACAGAACAGAGGCAGAGAGAUGCUGACACAGAGUUUGGCAAAGUCUCCAAUUUACAGUAUUUGCACAGCUACCUGUCUUACAUCAAGCUCUCCACAGCCAUCCAACGUAAUGAGAGCAUGGCCAGUGGUUUGCAGAAAGCCCUUCUUCAACAGCCGCAGGCCGAAGAGGAUGGCAAAAGAGGUCCACGCCCUCAGGAUCUGAUCCGACUCUAUGAUAUUAUCCUUCAGAAUUUAGCAGAACUGAAUCAACUUCCUGGCUUGGAGGAUGAUCGCAAUUUCCAAAGAGAGAUCACUUUGAAGACCCUGGUGUACAAAGCCUACAGGUGCUUUUUCAUUGCUCAAUCCUAUGUCCUGGUAAAGAAGUGGAGUGAAGCGCUGGUUCUGUAUGACCGAGUGCUGAAAUAUGCUAAGGAAGUGCAGGCUCAGACUGGUGCUGCCAAGAACAAGCUGAAGGAGUUGCCAGAUGUGAAAGAGCUGAUAUUGCAAGUUAAUGCUGAGAAGUACUCUCUACAGGCUGCCGCCAUCCUUGAUUCCAGUGAUAAGCCAGAGGAGGUCUCCCCUUCUCAAGUCAAAAACAACAAGCCGCUGUCAGAUCGAUUCGAUGUCUUUUCACUUGACCCAUCCAUAGUAGGAAAACACGCCAGCUUGGUUCAGUUCCCGCCGAACUUCCAUCCGAUUCCCUGCAAGCCUCUUUUCUUCGACCUGGCUCUGAACCACGUGACUUUGCCCUCUCUGGAGGAUAAGCUGGAGCAGAAGGCUAAGAGCGGUCUGACCGGAUACUUUAAAGGUUUUUUCGGAUUUCGCAGUUAAUGGAAAGAAAGGCCACAGAUACGAGAACAUCAUUUGUUUUUACGACUUGGAUCCACAGAUAAAUGCUGGUGCAAAGCUUCACUAAUGAUUUCUAUUUAAUUUAUAAUGUUAUCGGGCAAAGGUAUUCGCUUCCUGCUUUGGCCAACAACAAAUUUACUUUCAUCCCAGUACCCCUGGAUUUAUUGGACAGAAAUACACACUCCUGGCACUGCCAGUAAUAUGCUGCAUUUUAUGUAAUACCCUGAACAAAUAUUAAUUCAGAUGAGGUUUUUUUUUUUUUGUCCAAUGAAGGUACUGAUUGUCACAUAAAAUCCUAUUUAAUUUUUUAACGCUAUCAGAAUAUGAACAUCUUCCCCCUCCCCAUCUUAAGUGACCAAUACUACGGUAUAGUGUGGCCUUACUCCAGUCGGUAGGUUUGUAGCCCCGGGAGCAAGAUGGAGGCAGGCAUUAAAGUGGUACUGACACGUAACUCUAUUACGGUUUAAAAAUGAACUCUAGUUUGUGUUUCUAGUUUUGACGGAAAAACAAAAACUUUUAGUUUUAAAGUGAAAUAAACGUUUUUUUUGCUGCAGGCUCAUGGGGUAUUGCCUUUCUAGGGCAUGAUCAUUUGUACUGGACAACGGGCUGUGGAUUAUAUCAUUGGCUCCCUGUCUGAUUUGGUCCUUCCCCCUUAUGGCGGCCAGUUUGGGUAAAGAUCCUCUUAUUUGGCAAUUGCACCAUGAGCAGUUUUUUUUUUUUUAAUUUUUAACUUGCCCAAUCACAUUAUAUGCUGGAGGAUCGACACUUUUGGCACAAGAAGAGUUCAAGAAGAAAUCUUAUGCCAACAGCAAUGAUUGUCCCAUCCAGCAGAUGAAAUACCCACGUGAUUGUUCCUGAAGUCUCCAUCAUGUUCUGUCCGUAUCAGUUUAAUAAAACCUUAUAAUUAGUGUUAUGUCACUUAGUGUCGCUGGCCACUGUGCUGUGGAUCAAGUUUUGUGGGAAUUUUUGAUUUGGUUUGAAAUGGGGUCAAUAAACUGCUUCCAUGUGAAUA